AUGCAUCUAGUGCAUGGGAGUGAUGGUUGUACCUCUCUUGUCAUCACGACCGACUUUCCAUCAAUCACCACUCGGAAGACCACAAACAUUCGGGCAACGCACAAUGUGAAACAGUCGGAGUGGAAGGAGGAAUGGAGCGAUUUCCGACAGACUGACGUCGAUCAGAAUCCUAUGCGUCGUAGCAGUGCGAUUCAAAUACGAAAGUCCGGCUGCAUCAUCGACACUGGGAGAUGGCGAACCUACAAAAUCACCUUCGCUGGCGAUGUGGCUAGCUCAGAGGCGUUUUUGGAUGUCCUUCAAGCCUUGAGAGACCACAACGUCGUGCUGGAAACGCAGGAAGAUCUGACAUUCAACGAAGUACCACCAGAGAGCCUAUGGAAAUGGCAGGAAGCUCUAGCGCCUCCAAAGGUUGCCGGUGAGGCUGUCUCGUCGCUCUUCGACAUGCUCCAAAGCCAUCUUGCCUUCUCAGUACACUACCAGCUGGAGGUCUGCAUCAGUGUCGGUGCUCUUCACGAAAGCAACAUCGAUCGUGCAUUCCUGCAGAGACUCUCCACGAUCGAAACCGUUCGAGCUGUGAAAAUGCUGGAGAAGAUCGCAGACGAAGGGAAGAGAAUCUACAAGCCCAGCGAUAUUUUUUCUUUGCACAACCGUGUCUCGGUCGUGGAGAAGAAGAGACCAGCGUAUUGCACGAAAAUCCCCGCCGCCAACAUUACUCCGACCACCAUCUACUUCGCCACUCCCGUUCUGGAAACAAGCAACCGUGUCGUGCGGAACUACAAGAAAUACGAGGAUCGCUUCAUGCGGGUCAAGUUCACCGACGAGAAGCACAAGGGCCAACUGCAAUCCCAAGACGGACAAGCUAUGAAUGAAGUCUUCUCACGCAUCAAGCAGGCCAUGACCCAUGGAAUCCGUGUCGCAGACCGACAUUACGAGUUCCUCGCUUUUGGGAACGCUCAAUUUCGCGAGCACGGUGCCUACUUCUUCGCCUCCACUCCCGACCUGAAUGCGAACAUGAUUCGGCAGUGGAUGGGCAACUUCACUCAGAUCAAGAAUGUCGCCAAGUACAUCUCUCGACUCGGACAGUGCUACACAACUACACGUGCAAUUCCGCACAGUGUGAACGUCGAGCGGAUCCCAGAUGUUGAGCGGAACGGAUACUGCUUCACAGAUGGAGUGGGAAAGAUCUCUCCUUUGCUGGCUCGAAUGGUUGCUGACCACUUCCGCCUCGACAACUGUCCUUCUGUCUACCAGUUCCGUAUGGCAGGUUGCAAAGGCGUGCUGGCCGUUGAUCCCUCGCUCAAGGGUAUGACUGUUCAGAUUCGACCCAGUCAGGAGAAGUUCCCAGCGGAGUUUCACGGACUGGAGAUCUGCAAGAUGUCGCAAUUUUCCGCCGCCAAUCUCAAUGUCCAGCUGAUCUUGGUCAUGUCUUCACUCGGUGUGCCGGACAACGUCUUCGUCAACAAGUAUCGAGACAUGCUCGCAGAUCUGGCCCUGGCCAUGACGGACGAGGAGAUGGCGCUGAAGUUACUGCAAAAGAACAUCGACUUCAAUCAGAUGACAAUCUACCUGGCGACGAUCAUCCUUGAUGGCUUCAUGGCGACCAAGGAUCCAUUCACAAUCUCUUGUUUGCGGCUGUGGAGAUCCUGGAACCUGAAGUACCUCAAAGAGAAGGCACGAGUCUUCGUCGAUCAGGGCGCUUUUGUGUUCGGUGUCACGGACGAAACUGGCACGCUGCAGGGUCAGUUCGACGGCUUCAAGACUGACGAAGGCGAUAUGGCAGUCCCGCCCACGCUUCCUCAAAUCUUUCUCCAGAUUCCAGACCCCAAUGCCAAAGGCGGCUACACUGUCAUCCAAGGACCUUGUCUUUUCGCUCGCAACCCUUCACUUCAUCCGGGCGACAUUCGCAUGGUCGAAGCUGUUGAUGUGCCCGCGCUUCACCACCUCAAAGACUGUGUGGUUCUCCCACAGACCGGUGACCGCGAUCUCGCCAACAUGUGCUCUGGCGGUGACCUCGACGGCGAUGACUACCUCAUUUGCUGGGACGCGGAUCUCUUCCCACCUGUCUCUGAUACAGGUCCGGUGACAGUCGACGACAUGACAUCUUUCUUCGUCAACUACAUCAAGAACAACAAGCUGGGGCAGAUCGCAUCUCACCACCGCUUCUGGGCCGAUAAAGAAGAUGACGGCGUGAAGAACGAGAAGUGUCUCCAACUGGCCAAUCUACACUCCCUUGCCGUCGACUACGUCAAAACUGGUGUACCUGCCACUCUCCCCGUUGAGCUCAAAGUCAAAGCUCGUCCUCACUGGGCUGAAGCUCGCGGACAAUCUUACACCUCCCGCAAAGUCCUCGGCCAGCUAUACGAUGAAGUCAAGCUUGACAACUUUCAACCUGCCUGGGAGCUUCCCUUCGACGCUCGCAUCCUGACCGCUGACACUCCCACGCCUGAGCUCAUCGCCGGCGCAACCGAAGUCAAAGCCGAGUACGACGAGACCAUGCGCCGCAUCAUGAAGCAAUACGGCAUCACCAACGAAUUUGAAGUCUUCACUACUUUCGUCCAGUCUCACCACAACGACAUCAACGACUACAAAUUCUACGAGAAGAUCGGUGAAGUUUCCAUGAACCUGCGCGACCAGUUCAAGGAAAUUUGCUACACCAAAGCCGGCACUGACAGCGUCCAACGCGAGUGGUCGAAGCUCAAACCCUUCCUCAUCGCAAUGUACACUGUCACCGCCGAUCAAGUUACUGCCGUCGUCGCCUCCUCCCACGAGACUGUCGAGCGAGGUGGUCGGCAGGUGCCCAAGAUGAGCCUCACGUUCGCCACGGUGCCGCUCAUGUCAUUUCCAUGGAUCUUCGCCUCUGAGCUGGGUCGUAUCGCC